AUGGCCUUGCUUUCGGAACUGGCGCAGUUGGUAUUCUUGUUUCUCCCUUUGGUAGCAGACGCGAAUGCGUGGCUUCCAAUAUCCCCGGCGGGCAGCCCACCACUCCUCCGCUCAAGCCAUGCAGCUGCCAUUGGCAACGAAAGGAUGUAUGUCUUCGGAGGCAUUUCCAAUGACAGCAGUGUUUUGUUGGACGACUUGCACUACUUUGACAUCCAGAAUGUGGUAUGGCAGCAGCUGAACCCUUCGACCACGCCCACCGCACGCAGUUACCCUUCGGCAGUGUGGGAUCCAGGGACCAGCUCGUUGUACCUAUUUGGAGGAUACGAUGGAAGCAGUAUCUUGAGUGAGUUAUGGUUCUACCAAAGCACAAAAAACACAUGGAACGAAGUUGUCCCUCGCCAGUCUGACUCCGUACCGGCUCGGUACUUCCACACUGCUGUUUGGAGCACUGGCUUCUCCGGCAUGUAUGUCUUCGGCGGCAGAGGUGUUGGUACGAUACUCAACGACGUCCAGUACUACAACAGAGAGGACGGCACUUGGGCGGAGGUCACCGCCACUGGUAGUGUACCCAGCAUUCGCUAUGGGCAUGCCGCGGGAUGGGAUGACGAGCUUCACAGGAUGUACGUGUUUGGCGGGACGGGCUCCGGAGGUGCCGGUGUUCUCCAGGAUUUGUACUGCUUUGCGGCGGCAGGAAGCGAGUGGUCCUUGCUAUCCCCAGCUGGCUCUGCGCCGGGUGGUCGCAGCAGCAUGUCAGCAGUUUGGUCCCCGGCCGACGGCCGGAUGUAUGUCUUUGGAGGUAACGACGGCACUGCCUUGAAUGACUUGCACUACUACGAGAGUGGGACAAACAACUGGCACCAGAUCAACGUCCAACAGCCGCCUGAGGGCCGAGCCAACCACGUGGCAAUAUGGAGUCAGGCCGAGGGCCGGAUGUACGUCUUCGGUGGGGAGUCCGCCAGCGGCAGGUUGAAUGACUUGCAGGCCUUCAGUCAAGCAAGCACCGGCUCCUUCAGCUUGACGGCCGGAACGGCCUGCUUCAUCACCGAUGGGGGGGCAUGUAUGCAGAGCGAGAACUACCCCAACCGUUACGUCAACGAUGAUGGCGCCAACGGCAAAGAAUGCACCAUCAGCCCCAGUGCGGACAACAACAAGGCCAUCCGCGUGGUGGCCUACAGCACAGAGCCCUGUUGUGACUACAUAAGGAUGGAAGGCACAGACUACUCCGGCCCCCAGUUCCAAAGCACAACAUGGGGAAUUCCGGACAAUGGCAUCGUUCCAACGAGCGAUAUCCAGUGGUUCCUCGAUGCCAAAAACAGUUGGUAUGGCUGGCGGAUUUGCUUGGAGGACGCGGCUCCCGGGAGUUGGGCGGAGGUCACGAGCACCACGGGCGCACGGCGGUCGCACGCCUUGGUUGCCAUUGCAAGCGCCCUGUAUAUUCACGGAGGACAAAGCGACAGUGGGACGUCGGGGAUAUACAACGAUCUUUGGAAGUUCGAGAGGGGUGCAUGGACGCAAGUAUCGUUUACUGGAACAAAUCCUCAGUUGACUGCCCACGUGGCCGUCUACAAUCCGGUUGGCCUGACCAUUCUGCUGUGGGGGGGAAUCGAUAACACAAAUGCCUGGAAUGACAACUUGUAUUCCUACGACACCCAGAUGAACCAGAUGAGCUUGGUGUCCAGUUCCAGCGGGACCGCGCCAACGGCCGCCUCCCACGCUUCAGCAGUGUACUCGAGCGUCAACACGUGA